AUGGUUCGUGGUGGCAAUGAUAGAGGCAGAGGACGUGGUGGUAGAGGAGGCCGCGGCGGCCGCGGUGGCGGUCGUGGUGGCUCACAUGCUCCCAAUCCGCUAUCCUCAGGACUUGACAAUCAGGCUGGAUCAUCGUCGUCAUCGUCGUCUCCAGGAAAGAAACAAUCCGAGUUCUUUAGCGAACUCCAGGUCGCGCCAUUCCAGGCGCUGGACCCCAACCAGCUCGUGCAGCUCAAGCUCAAGCUGAUCAACGUCGUCUCGGCUUCGAUGAUCAAAGAGCCACGCUUCAACCAGAUGUCACCGACACUGGAGCUCAUCAUCACGUCGGUGUACAGCAUCGCCCACUACGACCCAGAGUUCGUACUCAAGUUGGCGUUGUACACACGUGAUGAACUUGGCAUCCGAACUGUUGCCAACUAUCUUUUGUGUUUGGCCGCAGUCAUCGCGCCCUGCCAGCCAUUCAUCAAGCGCUACUUUAGCGAAUCAAUCAAGAUCCCCUCCGACUGGUUGGAGUUGCCAACAAUCGUGUCCAAGCUUACCGAUUCCAACUCCAUUCCCAAGUCAUUGAGGAAUGUAAUGGUGGACAAGUUCCCAGACUUUGACGCCUACCAACUUGGCAAGUACAACACUGAGACCAAGAUCAAGAGAAAGAGAAAGAAGUUAAAGAAACUCAUCAAGAAGCAUCCAGAGGACAAGGAGAGAUUGAUGAAGGAGUUUGAGGAGAACCAGACAGCAUCGUUGAAGCAGCUGAUUCGUGUGCUGCAUAUCUCUCAACCAAACUACAACGUCAUGUGCAUCCUGGGCAAGAAGUACCCAGCAACCUAUGACGAAUACAAGAAGCUCAACUUGCCAGGCGACUUUGACCCUGAGCGCGCCAACAAGAGGAUGAAGCUGCCCGUGCCCGAGACCUGGGAGACCUUGCUCUCUGAGAAGGGCAACAAGUCCACAACCUGGGAGGAGCUGAUCGAUCACAACAAGCUCCCUUUCAUGGCCAUGCUUCGUAACCUGCGCAACAUGAUCGUGUGCGGUGUCCAAGGCUCGUACCACGACUGGAUCAUCAAGAAGCUGACCAACGAGCAGACCAUUGCCUACUCCAAGCAGUUCCCACUGCGUUUCUUGGCCGCCUUUGACGCGAUCCCCAAGGACAUUGACCAGCUCAAGGAGUGGGCCGCUGAGAAGCAGACCAAGAUCACCUACCUCCCACCCAAGGAUCUGUUUGAUCAGUACCGUGCCGCCCUGGACACAUCGGUCAAGUUGUCCACCACGCUCAACGUCAAGCCAAUCCGUGGCACGACCGUCGUGUUUGUCUACGUUGGUGGUGGCGAGACCACUUGCAAGAGCAACGGCAAAUACACCAUGGUUGAGUCGGCCUUGCUCCUGGGUCUCAUGUGCAAGUAUGUGAGCGAGGAGUGCCAGUUGGUCCUCGUUGGCAAGAAGCCCAACGACGACAAGGAGGUCUUCUUGAUGCCAGUCGAGCAUGUCAGCACCGACUCGAUCCUCCAGAACAUCAAGACUCUCAAGGAGACAAUCAGCACCAACUUCCAUCCAACAAACACCUACGAGUUCUUCCCAACUCGCUACGUGAUGGACAUGAUCCUAGAGAAGAAGCGCGUGGACAACAUUGUGGUGCUCAACCACCAGACCGUGCAGUUUGAGUCUGAGCAGUUCAACAAGAACAUCCUCACCAAGUAUCGCCAGGACGUCAAUGGCGACUUGUUGUUCGUCAACAUCAACCUCAGUGGCAGCGGCAAGGUGCAAGAGUCGGACGCUCACCAGAACGACGUCUACAUCUCGGGUUUCAGUGACUCGAUCCUCAAGUUCAUCGCUGAGCGAGGUGGCGCUGAUCAGCAGCUGCAGUACAUCGAGAAGAUCGACCAGAUCAAGAAGCUGCCACUGCUUAAGCAGAGCGAGACUGCUUCAUCGCAGAGCACUGACGCGGCCUCUGCCGCCGCCGCAGCUGCAAGCCACAGGUCGGCUGAGGACUUGAACCAGGACAUCCAGAGACUGGUGGGCGUGCCCCGUUCAACGCUCAAGCCCUGGACCAAUAUCAGGAUCUUCAUCUCGUCCACAUUCCUGGACAUGCACGGCGAGCGUGACCUGCUCGUCAAGUACGUGUUCCCUGAGCUUCGUGAGCGUUGCGCCCGCCGCAAGAUCCACAUCACCGAGGUCGACCUGCGUUGGGGUAUCACCGAGGAGGAGAGCUUGAAGAACCGCAGUGUGGAGAUGUGUCUCGACGAGGUCGAGCGCUGCAAGCCGUUCUUUGUCGGUCUGCUUGGCCAGCGUUACGGUUGGGUGCCCACCAACUACAAGCUCAGCAGCGAGGAGCGUUACGACUGGGUGCGCGAGUAUCCCAAGGGCCGCUCAAUCACCGAGCUCGAGAUGGUGUCGGCCAUGAAUGCUGGCGCCGACAAGGCCCUGUUCUACAUCCGUGACCCCUCAUUGAUUUGGGAGGUACCCAAGGAGUAUCGUUCGCACUUUGAGACCGAGGACCGCGAGUCUGCCGUGAAGCUGGAGAACCUCAAGUCAGUUGUGCGCCAGAAGAGUUCAUACUACACCUACUCUGCGACCUGGGGCGGUGUUGUGGAUGGCUUGCCCACCACUACCGGCCUUGAGGACCUGCACCAACACAUGCUGGACGACCUUUGGAACAGGAUCAAUCAGGAGUGCCCCAUCGAGGAGGAGUCCGAGGAGCAUAUCGAUCUGAUGGCCAGCGAGACCAACCAGCAAGAGGUCUACGCCGAGUCCAAGGCUCGCAGAUUCGUCGGUCGUAAGGACGACAUCAACUGUCUCUUCAAGUUUGUCGAGGUGCUGCGUCCAUUCGGCAAUUCUAACAAGGUGUCCAAGUUGCAGGUGUCCACCAACAAGACCAACAUCAUCGUUGUGGGAGGCAAGGCCGGCUCGGGCAAGUCUUCCCUGCUCGCUCAUUUUGUCGAACAGUUCCACCAGUACCGCGAGGACAACAAGCACAAGUUCAAGAACUCGCUCCCCGCUCUCGUUGUAACGCACUACGUCGGAUCGACCUCAUCGUCCACAGACAUUGCUGCCGCUCUCCACCGCAUCUGCUACCAGGUGGUCACCAAGCUCAACAUGACCGACACAAUCCCCACGGACUACAAGCAGCUCAAGUUGUUCUGGCCAGUGCUCAUGAAGAAGGCCUCAGUCCGUGCCAAGAUUAUUGUUCUGAUCGACGGCAUCGACCAGCUGUCUACCAAGAACGGCGCACAGUCCCUUGAUUGGCUGCCAGUGGUCUCGCCUGUGAAGCUGAUCGUGAGUGCGGCCGAGGGUGACCACACACUCUCCAUUUUCAAGCGUAGGAAGCAACAGCCACUCGACCUGAUAGUCGAGCCCAUGGACGUGCGUGACAGUGCUGUGCUUGUGCAGACAAAGUUGGGCGACUAUCGCAAGCGUCUGGACGACUCGCCCUCCAACAAUCAACUUCGCUCGCUGCUGACCAAGGCUGACGCUGUGCACCCACUCUACCUCGUGCUAGCAUGUGAGGAACUCAGACUGUUUGGAGGUUUUGAAGAGCUGAGUGACAAGAUCAAGCAGCUGUCCCCAACGCUGCCACGUCUGUUUGACGACAUCAUGGAGCGUCUCGAGAGGGACCACGGCAAGCAGCUCAUUGCCAACUGUUUGAGUGCCAUUGCCUGCUCUCGUGUCGGACUCUCCGAAGCAGACCUCGUCACCUUGCUGGCCCGUCGCGCCACCCAUCAAAAUGAGACACAGCUGCCAGCUGGUAUCUGGUCGCGUCUCCUCCGCAGCAUCCUCCCAUACCUCAUGCAAAGCUCUGAUGGAACUUUUGAGUUCUUCCAUCACCAGAUGAAGCUUGCCGUCAUGAAGAGAUACUUGACUAUCUCAGAGUCGGCUGUCAACGUCCACAAGAUGCUGGCUGCCUUCUACAUCGCCGCUGUCGACCCCACCGGCACAGGCAACUACGUGGGCGGCGAUGCCAAGGCUAUCUCCGAGCUGCCCUACCAUCUCGCCAAGUCUAAGAACUUGGCUCAGCUCGAGAGCGUGUUGUGCAACCUCGAGUUUGUGCAGAAGAAGUGUGAGCUGGGCAUGACCUUCCAGUUGAUUGGUGACUACGUCGAUGGCUUGGGUGAUGAGCUCAACGCCGACAAGUCUUCAUCCUCGUCCACACUGUCCAGCGCCAAGAUGAAGAGCAAGCUCAUCUAUGACAACCUGCGUGACUUUUACCGCUUCGUCGCCACUACGUCGCACAUUAUCUCGCGCUCACCUCAGCUCGUAUUCCAGGAGGCUGCCAACCAACCAUCAUCAUCCUUUGCCGCCAAGGUCGCUCGCACCCAUCAGAACACACACAAGGAUUCAUGGAUUGAGUGGCAGAACAAGCCCGAGAGCAAGGACGCCUGCAAGCAGACCCUGGCAGGUCUGGGAGGCGCCACCGCCGUCGAGUACUCUCCCAAUGGAAAGUUGAUGGCCGUUGCCAAGAAGGACUGCUCCAUCCACAUCUACAACACAGCCAACGGCGCAGAGUUGUGGGCCUUGGAGGGUCACACCAACUGGGUCUCAUCGCUGUCCUUCUCGGCCGACAGCAAGCUGUUCGCAUCAGCUUCUUGGGACAACUCAGUCAUUCUCUGGGACACUGUGGUUGGCGCACCAAUGCACCGCUUCAAGGGCCACCAGCAGGCAGUUAACUGCUGCAGGUUCUCCCCCGACUCGAACUACCUGGUGUCUGGUGGCUGGGACUCGUCGGUCAUCGUCUGGAACAUCACUGACCGCUCGAUCUACCGCAACAUCCGUGCUCACUCCAAGCCUGUCAACCACGUGGCCUGGAACCACGAUGGCACACACAUUGCCUCGGCUUCAUGGGAUGGCUCUAUCAAGGUCUGGAACCCCUUCGAGACGAUCGCCAAGCAGCGUCUCCUGCACACGAUGGAUGUGUCCAGCACAGUCAAGGGAUCGAUCAAGUGCUGUGAGUUCUCUCCCAACGGCAAGCAAGUCAUUGCCACGGCCAUGGACGCCUCUGUGCUCCUCUUUGACAUCCAGUCAGCCAAGCUGGUGUCUGUGAUUGGUCAUCACGCCAAGGCCGUCAACUACUGUUCCUUCUCCAAGGACGGUGAGCACUUUGUCACCUCGUCCGACGACGCCACACUCAAGAUCUGGACCCCAACACUUGGUGUGCAAUUGGAGAACCUUCACCUCCAGGACGGCGUGUACGCAACUUGCAUGGCCUACUCCCCCAGCCGAUCUAUCUUGGCAGCCGGCUGCUCAGAUUGUGCUGUCCGUUUGUUUGACGUCUCCCCAAGCAGCUCUGUUACAACAGGCUUCAAGCUGCUCGCCAAGCUCACCGGUCACACUCGAGCAAUCAGUGGUGUGUCGUUUACCGCUGAUGGCCUCAAUCUUGCCUCCACUUCUGAGGAUCGUAUGAUCCGUGUGUGGGACGUGGUCAACCGCGAGGAGGUCUCGUCCAUCGAGGCAGCUCACAACGAAACGAUCAACUCUGUGGCCUUCUCGCCAGUUGAAGCAGGUCUCUUGGUCUCUGGUUCGGACGACUUCACUAGCAAGGUGUGGCGCAACGGUGUGCACGUAGCCACAUUGGGCGGCAACUUCAAUACCAUCAAGUACGUUACUUUCUCGCCCAACGGAAAGUAUAUCGCCACUGUGUCGCGAGACUGCUCGAUCACUCUCUGGCUCGUCAAUGGCUUCAAGGAGGUUGGCAAGCUCACUGGCCACACGGACUGGAUCAACUUUGUUGCCUUCUCACCCGACUCCAAGCGAUUGGUCAGCGGUGGCUGGGACUUCAACGUCAAGGUAUGGAGCAUGAACAGCAAGAAGGAGCUGAUCACACUAAAGGGCCACUCGGGCUCGAUCGAGAAGGGCUUCUUCACACCGGACAACAAGUACAUCAUCACCAGCUCGUUCGAUGGUACAAUCAAGGUGUGGGACCCAUCUGGAUCUGAGCUCACCUCGCUCAAGCAUGCCUCCAGAAUCAGCGACAUUGUGCAUACGGGUGGCGAUACCAUCCUCUCGUCGUCUGACGAUGGAGAGCUCAGGAAGUGGAACCCUAUCUCUGGUCUCUGUCUGGCCACCCUCACAGGACACUCUGGUCCCGUCAAGCAAACCGUCUUCCUCGGACAGGAUUCUUCUGGCAGCAGCACCAGCAGUUUUGGCAGCAGCGAGAAAUCAUUCGCCAAGACACUGGCAUCAGCUUCAGAGGAUGGCUCGGUCAAGGUUUGGGACUUCACCAACCUCACCAACCUGGUCACAGCCCAUCAGUCCUACAUCAACGACUGCUCAUACUCGACUGAUGGCAAGCUCCUGGUCACAGUGGGUGAUGACAAGUGCAUCAAGAUCUGGGACACCAAGACCGGCAACAACAUCAAGACCAUCGUGUCCAACAACUCUAUCCCCACAUCAUGCGCCUUCACCGCCAAUGGAAAGAUUGUCGUUGGCAAGCAGAAUGGAGAGUUGGUCGUCUAUGACGUUGCCCCUGACUUUACAGAGCGGGCCACCUACAAUGCUCACCAGUCCAAGGUGUCAUCCAUUGCCGCAUACAAGCACGACGACGAUACCUACGUAUCUGUUGGCUGGGACCGUGUUGUCAACCUCUGGAGCAACAAGUCGUGCAUCAAGCUCACACAGACUGCCGACUGGAUUGAAUGCGCAGCCUUCUCGCCCGAUGGAGAAUGGAUUGCUAUCGCUGGACGCCAGAACGAGAUCACAUUGAUCAAGCCCAACAAGCAGACCACUACAGUGCGCACCUCGUUCGAUGUCAAGUACAUCACAUCUAUGGUCUUCUCGCCCGACUCUGAAUCUCUCGCCAUUGGAACAUUUGGCGGAGACGUCGAGAUCCUCAACAUUGCCUCGCGUCGCUUCAGCGCAGUGUGCACCGCUCAGAAGGAGGCCAUCUCAUGUCUGCGCUACCUCGAUGACUCGAGACUGGUGUGCGCGUCCAAGGAUCGCAGUCUCAUCGUUUGGAACCUUGAGAAGAGUGAGAUUGAGAACGAGUUCAUCCACAACGCUGCCAUUAUCUCCAUGGACUGCAGAAACAACAGAAUAGCCACAGGCGACAGCAAUGGAAAGCUUUAUUUAUUGUCCUAUCAUAAGAAUCAUCUGAGGUGUAACUGGUGGAGGUUGUGUGUAGUAAUAGUAGUAGUUGUACUGGGGUGGCUGCUGGAGUUGUGGCUGAGGUUGUGGAAGAUAGUCGAAUGA